AUGAAUUAUUACAAUAUACUUGGUAUCUAAAAUACCUCAUCUCAAGAACAAAUCAAAAUAGCGUUCAGAAACCUUGCAAAAAUGCAUCAUCCAGACAAGAACCCAUAAUCAGUGUAAUUUAGAAUAAUCUCUGAAGCUUACCGAAUCCUUUCAAACCCUCAAUUAAGAGCACGAUAUGAUCAGUCUUAGUAAUAAUAUGAAAAACAACUAUAAAUAUACAAGUUAAUAAGAAAUUUUAUUAAUGGGAAUGGAGAGAUCCCUCUAAUUCAUUCAAAGGAUCUUGAAUCUAAUCAAAAUGAAUCUAAGACCCUCGAUAUAUAACAAAUCUAGAAAAAAAAAAUUCGAAAGACUCAAAAUUGA